GCAAAAAAGAAAGAAAUAAAAGGAGAGGGAGGAAGGCGCAUACUUCCUUCCCCUCCCCUCUUCUUCCCCGUGGAAUUCUCUCUUGGCUUGCCCGGCGCGGUGGGGAUGCGGCGGCUAUGGCGAUGGUACCAGCAGUGCCUGGCCUCGCACCCGGUGCGCACGCAGGUCGUCAGCUCCGGCAUCCUCUGGGGCCUCGGCGACAUCGGCGCCCAGGCCGUCACCCACCACUACUCCGCCCGCCGCGCCAACAACCCCCCCGAGGAUAAGGAUAAAGAUAAAGAGUUCAAAGUUGAUUGGAGGAGGGUGGGCAUCACAAGUUCCUUUGGAUUUGCUUUCGUCGGACCAGUCGGACAUUACUGGUAUGAGUACCUGGACCGCAUCAUCCGGCGGAGAUUUCAGCCUAAUACAUUCAAAUUUGUUGCCUCUAAAGUCGCUGCGGAUGGUUUCCUCUUUGGACCAUUAGAUCUUCUCCUGUUCUUCUCAUACGUGGGUCUCGGCCAAGGAAGGAGUGUAGAGCUGAAGGAAGAUGUGAAAAGGGAUUUCAUUCCUGCUCUGGUAGUGGGUGGAACCAUCUGGCCAGCCGUGCAGAUCGCGAACUUCCGCUUCAUCCCCGUGCGGUACCAGCUCCUGUAUGUGAACGUGUUCUGCCUCUUCGACAGCUGUUGCCUGUCAUGGAUUGAGCAGCAGGGAGACGCUUCCUGGAAGCGGUGGUUCACAUCGUUCCGGAAAAUCGAAGACCAUAAGAGUAAGGUUUGAUUUUUACUAGUUAUGAGUCAUGUGUGUUGUUCAUCUGGAUCAACAUCUGUAAACUCUUGUUGAUCCAAAGCUGAAAAAUUUGGAACGAGGACGCUUGCUGGCAGCAUCUGUUUAAGCGAAUUGCAAUGCCAGGAAAACUGAGCUUCGAUGUCAUUGUGGACAACUCUCUUGAAUGAAUCUUAAUGGGAAGGAAAAAAGUUGCUGCAUUGCACUGUUAGCUUCA